AUUUGUAAAUAAAAGCUUGUUAUUGAUUUUUUAAUUAUUGUUUAUUAGUAUGAAGGUGGUUAACUGAUUGUUUAUUGAUUAUUAAAUAUUUAUUUUGUGAAAAUGGUUCUUUGCAUUGCAGUUAUCGGUAAAGAUAAUUCACCGCUUUAUAUUAAAUGUUUAUCCGAAGAAAGUGAAGUCGAACUUCAUUACAAAGUACACACGUCAAUAGAUAUUAUUGAAGAGAAGUUAAACACCGGGAAUAAAAUAACAGCCACUGACAGCAGAGAAUUAUUUUUAGGACUACUCCAUUUUACAGAUGAACAUAAAAUUUUCGGGUAUGCAACAAAUACCAAGGUCAAGUUUGUUGUAGUCUUGCAGACUCCAAGUACCACUGUGAGAGACAAUGAUGUCAGAAUGAUUUUCCGGAAACUUCACACGGCUUACUGUAAUGCUAUUUGCAAUCCAUUUUACAUUCCUGGAGAUCCUAUUGAAUCUAAGUCAUUUGACGCGACUGUAAAAGACAUAAUGGGAAUUUAAUAAAAAUAAGUUUAAUAAUUUUUUUUAAACUUGUAAAAAUAAAAUUUGGUGAAAAAUUA